UGCAAAAUUUCUUUUUUUUUUCUUUUUCAGUCCAAAAAGAUAUAGUUCACAUCCUCUCUGACCUUGAUGUGGAAGUCAAAGACAUAACUGACUGCUAUGAUGCUAAGUGUUUCCUUCAGGUUCUAACCACUGAAGAUCUUUUUGAAAAGACUAGUAAGGAUUUUCCCAUGGCAGCUGAAGUGAUAGAAGGACCUAAAGAAAAUCCAUUGGCCAGUGGCUUAUUGCAACCUGGGAAAAUCAUUGUGAUCCACAAAAAGUAUCAGGCAUCAAGGAUCUUAGCCUCAGAGAUUAGAAGUGAUUCUCCCAAAAGGCAUUUCUUGAUUCCAACUAGCUAUAAAGGGAAAUUCAAGCGGAGACCCCGGGAGUUCCCUACUGCCUACGACCUGGAGAUAGCAAAGAGUGAUGAAGAGAACCUCCACGUGGUAGCCACAAAAGCCUUUGAUUCUUCCUGUGAAGAGCUGUCAUCUGUGUCUGUGGGGGAUCAGUUUUUAGUUCCAUGCUCACAGACCAGUGAAAUUUGGUGUAAGGGGAUCAAAAAGGAAGUAGGUGUUCUGGCUUGUGAAAAAAUCCUCCAAGAGUACUACCAGCCCAUUCUUCUACCUCUGUAUAUGGAAGGCAGCUUCAUAGAAGUGAUUCACGACAAGAAGCAGUAUGAGCUUUCCACGCUGUGUGCUCAAUUUCCCUUGCCUUUCAACGUCAAGGUCUCUGUGAGAGACCUCUCCAUUGAAAAUGACAUUUUGGCCGCCACGCCUGGCUUGCAGCUGGAGGAAAAGAUCACCGACUCUUACCUGCUCAUCAGUGACCUCACUAACCCCAGUGAGAGCUGGGAAAUUCCUGUCAGCCGCUUGGGUAUGGCUGUCCAGUUGGUUAGUUGUACAGUGGAUGUCAUUGACUCAUUUCCAGUCCGAAACACUGUAGAAGAGAUCAGUGAAGAACAAUAUUACAUGAUAAGGAGGUAUGAGAACCCAGCCUUACUCCCACCACCUCGGCCCCCCAAAAAACCUUCUGGGAUGAAAAAGGAACCAAAUUCUCUAAAUUCUCUUGCAGAUCCACCAAGGUCUCUGAAG